AUGCAGUUGCUGCCGCAGAUUCAGAUACAGAUACAGAUACAGGCCCACACGGCAACGCAGUUGGGCGUAGUGUGCACUGAGCUCGAGGAUUACCUCGUGUGCAGCGCCCUCGCUUUGGCCGAGGCCCAGAACUACCCGCAGCGUUUAAGCAUCCCCGGAGCUGUGCCAUCACCUGGCCAACUGCCACACCGUCAGCCCGUGCUAAGGGUCCGUCGUCCGGGACCGUCGCUGCGCCAACAAAACGCCAUCCUGCCAGCGGUGACGCAGCGCGUGGCUAUUGAGGAGCGCCCAGUCACUGAGGCGGCGGAGGAUGAGCAACCGGAGCCGUAUCUGCCGAAUCUUUUGAGGGAACAGCAGCUGGCCCAGGCCCAGCAAUCGCAGUUCCAGCAGGCAGCCGCCGCUUUCCUUGCCGGCCAGCAGCCCGUCGAGCAGCCAUCGCCCGUGCAGCAGUUCCUCCAGAACGAGGACUCUCAGCCCGCGGCCAUCCUGCCCGCUCCUCCUCGCUUCCCCGCCGAACGCCCCUCCAUUCCAACGCCUCUGAACCGGCCAGCCGCCUUUAAUGACUUCGGCAUCGGACGGUUCGAGAACUCCCAGAGGUUCGGCUUGGAGCGACCAACGCCCACGGCAGCUGCUCCGCCACCACCUCCGCCGCCACCUCAGCCGCAAAGGGUGGCUGUGAUCCGGACGAGACCAGCGCCACCAGCAGCCUUCCGUCCUGAGCCACCAGCACCGCAGCCAGUGGCUAGACCACGUCCCAAGCCCGUUCAACCACGUCCAAUCAUCGACCAGAAUCAACUGCAGGACGAGCGUGGCGAGCAGCAGCAGAGACGUCAGCGACCCGUGGCCCAGACCAUCCGAAAGUGGCGCGAGGAGAACGAGGAUGGAAGCAUCACCUGGGGCUACGAAAACGAUGAUGGAUCCUUCAAAGAGGAGUUAAUCGGAACCGACUGCAUCACCAAGGGCACCUACGGCUACGUUGAUCCCGAUGGCAACAAGCGCGAAUAUCACUACGAGACAGGAAUCAAGUGCGAUCCCAAUGCCCGCGAGAACGAGGAGGAGCUGCAGGAGAACGGCUUCAUCAAUUACGAGGAGAACCGCGCCGUGCUGCCCAACGGCCUGGAGAUCGAUAUGACGCAGCUGGGCAAGAAGAAGUCGAAGCGCCCGAACAGCAUCUACCGGAACUGAU